CAGCUGUCCAGGCUCUUAUCGUACAAUAAACCUGGAGAAUUUUUGGACCUGAAUCACCUGCAUACAGCAGUGGAGCUUGGGCAACUCCAGUUUGUUACUUCUUCGGAAGUAAGGUACCAAUAACUCAUCUAUGAGAAUCUUGCUGGAAGCAUGCGAAAUGGCUGAAUGCUCUUCACUCUUUUGCACGGCUUGCCAGUGACGAUGCAGUUCUUCCCGAAGGGGAUGUCGUGAUUACCUUCCGCUGCUACUAUCUUGGGACAGAGUUGAUGCGCGCCGGAAGUACGCAACUCAGGGCGGACGCUCUUCUGGGUACAAUCUUCGUGAAUGACCGCACUCAUCAUUGGUGCAUUGGUGCAUUGGAAGACUUGACGUUUCUUUGCCGAUUCGCUGUAGCACGAUCAUCCUGAGCUGUGUGGAUAGACGGCUAUAUAAUGCACCUCGACCCUCCGUUCAGAGGCCAACUGGAGCAGCUCACUCAUCAUGAUCAACUCAGUCACUCGUCUGCUCUUCACUGUUGCCGUCGCGGUUGUCCCCUCUGUUUAUGGCCACAUUGCCUUCUGGCACCCCAGCAUGUGGGGCUUCAACGUCACGGACAAGGAUCCAGCUUAUUCUUACGAUAACCGCCCUGUUGUUCCCUUGGCGCGUAUGACGUUCGACGAGUGGUGGUUCCACAACCACCUUCAGUAUCCUCCGCACCCAAACGAUGCCUUUGAACUGCCCGCCGGGAAAACUGCCAUUGCAGAACUCGGGUGCAACAAGGGCGCGACGACGUGGUGGAACUCGUCCGAAGGCGGAGACAUUCGUCAGGGGGACUGGCCUUGCCCUAGAUCUCCUUCUAGCCAGUUCCACACCAAGGACAUCGACGACGUUAAGGGUUGCGCACUUGCCAUUGUUCAAGAAUCGAACGUCAGCAAGAUCAAACCAGAGGACUUCGUGGUCUUUAGUGUCAAUCAGACUUGCGUCUGGCACAGAUUCACUGCCUUCCAGGUCCCAGCUGAAAUGCCUUCCUGCCCCGGCGGAAAAUGUACGUGUGCAUGGUUCUGGAUCCACUCUCCCGAUAGCGGCUCUGAACAAAUGUAUAUGAAUGCCUUCCAAUGCACCGUAACGGGUUCUAAACACGAUGCACCAGCUCUCAUGAAGCCUCAAGUUGCAAGACGUUGCGGAGCAGAUCCUGAACAUGGAGUCAACCACACCACCCCUAGCAACUGUACGCACGGAGCGAAGCAACCAUUGUACUGGCUGCAAAAUGAAGGCAACAACAUGUUUGAGGAUUACAUGGGUCCUCCGUUGUACAACGAUCUUUACAAUUUUAAAGAUGGAGCUCAGAACGACAUAUUCGUAACGAGCACAAAAGACGGCUCAGAAGCGGGAUACAUAUCAGCCGUCUCGCUUCUCAAGGUUUUGGAUGAAGAACACUAUACUUUGAGGGAGGCAACCGUAGAGGACAUUUAGGAAGGGGUACAUCGAGUUCUUGACUCACCUUUUGGUUUCACUUCGGAUUUCACGCUGAUUAAAAUGUGCUAUAGCUAUUUCACAACGACAUGCGAUCUGCUUCUGC